AUGAACCGAUUCUCUUCUGCAAAUUAUUAUCCAUCUGUUCAACCAAUUACAGCUAUUUUUAUUCUCACUUCCUUCAUUUCAAUCAAUUUUUGGCCAAUAAUUAACAUCACUGCUAAUGCUAUUUCUUCCAAUGCUACAAAAAAUAUUCAAAAUUAUGGAAUUCAAUAUAUUCCGGAAGUUAAUGAUUAUCAGAAGAGAACUGAUCGAUCACUAGAUCACAGUACAGAGAAUAUACAAAUUUCAAAUUCACAAUGUCCAAAUUUUUGUGAAUGUGAACAUGUCAUUUGGAAUAAUGAUAUUACCGAUGGUAGUCAAAUGGAAAUUUCUGUAUACUGUCAUGAAGGUGGCUUAGAACAAAUUGCAUUUUCUAAACUUCUCAAACAAAUUCCAAAAGAAGUAACUGUGCUUGAUGUUGAAGCACCAUUAGAACAACCAAAUCAUUUGCUCUGGGAUGACAAUUUAAAUCAAUUAAAACAUUUACGUGUUUUACGUCUUAUUAAUUGUGCUAUACCAGCAAUUAGUCGUGCAUUAAAAUUACGCUCAUUGGAAAUUCUUGAUCUCCGUGGCAAUCAUAUUCAACAUUUACCAGUUUCAAUAUUUUCUGGUGUACCAUUUAUACGUGAGCUUAAUUUAGCUAAAAAUUUAUUAAGUGUUUUACCAACUGGUGCUUUUGCGUAUCUUAAAAAUUUGCAAAUUCUUUCAUUAGCAUAUAAUAAUAUUACUGAAAUUACCGUAAAUCUAUUACGUGAUUUAAAAAAUUUAAAAUCACUUCAUCUAGAUGGUAAUCAUAUAUCAGUAACACAAUUAAAUUCACUUUUUACUGAUAUACCACAAUUGGAACGAUUAGAAUUAAAUGAAUGUGGCUUAAGUAUGGGUGCUAUAAAUGAUUUAGCAUUAAAUAAAUUUCAUUCAUUGUAUCAACUUGGCAUUGCUCGUAAUAUGCUUGGAAAAGUACCAAUUAAUGCAUUACGUAAUCAUUUAAGCUCAUUAAUUACGCUUGAUCUUAGUGAUAAUGAACUGAUUGAAAUUGAAUCAGAAAUAUUUGCUAAAACAAAUAUUACUCAAUUAUUACUUGCUGGUAAUCAUCUUGGUACUAAUCCUAAUGCACUGUCUAUUAAUUCAUUUAAAACUGGAAUAGCAUUACGUGAAUUAGACUUAUCACGUAAUAAUUUUGAUCAUUUUCAUUCAAACUAUCUUGGAAUAGCUCAAGAAACUGUGGAAAUUUUACACCUUAAUGAAAAUCAUAUUACAAGUAUUGAACAAUCACUAAUAGCUAAUAUGACAAAACUUAAAAUACUUCAUUUGGGAUAUAAUUUUAUUGAAUACUUACCACAACAAUUACCCAAUGAAUUUGCGCAGUUAUUAAUUUUAAAUUUAACUGGAAAUCAACUGACAACAUUACUGGAUUAUUCGAAAGAGAUUUUACCAAUGCUUCGAAUGAUUGAUAUUUCAAAAAAUCGUUUCACAACAUUUCCAGUAACAGUGAUUCAAAAUUUUUUCAAUAAUUUGGAUAAGGUUGACUUACACGGUAAUCCAUUAGACUGUACGUGUUAUGUGGAAGAAUUAAAGCGUCAUAUGUUGGAUCGUUACGCAUAUCGACGUGAGUUACGAUAUGAACAGACAAGUUGCGUAACACCUGAACAUUUUCAUGGAAUACCUAUUUACAGACUUAAUCAUGUUGCUGAUUGCACAUUUUUAUUUGGUGCACGUUAUGGCUUAUCACAACUUUCGGAAAUUGCAAUUUUAUUUUUGUUUCUUAUCAUUUUUGCAUUAUCAACUGCUUUGCUAAUUUUGUUUGCAUACAAUCGGUUGGAACGACGACAAAAGAAGAAAUAUACAGAUGUAAAGCAAUCACAAUCAAGGAUAGCAUUAACACUAUCACAACAUCUCAGUAAUUCACCAACAUCAUUAACGGAACCAUUAACACCACCACCGGAAUCACCAAUUUCCGGAAUUUCAUCAAAAAUGCCGCCACCACCGCCACCUAUACUAACUAAUAUAUGA